AUAUAUGCUUCUUCAUAAAGUGCAAGAAGAGCCAUCUGUUCUUGUUCGGACAAUCCGUUAACCCACAGUUCCCAAAAAAACCCACCUUUUGAACGCUUCCAGAUCUGACCACGUGGGUUCGCGAAUCUCGAUGGCCCUCUCUCACUUAUUUAAACCCCAAACCAACCAUUCCAAACCUUCUACCGUCUCUGCCGUUCUCUCAACCAGAAAAUUUAACUCAGAUCUAAACAAACAAAAAAAAAAGUCGCCAGUUCUCAUUUUUUUAUAUAAGAAAAAUUACUAAUUUAAAUUAAGUCAAAAUCAAUGGCAUCAUCAGAGCAAUUAAUGGGAGGUGGAAGUGUCGGAGGUGGUGGUGGUGGUGGUCCCCGAUACGUAAAAAUGCAAUCAGAGCCAUCAACGCCGUUACAACCACAAUCAUCAUCAAUAAUAUCGUCCUUCUUCUCUUUCCGUCAAGGUUCGACACCGGAAUCCUGUCGGAUUUUCGAUGAAUUACCGAAAGGCACUAUCGUCUCCGUUUCUAGACCCGACCUCAGCGAUAUUAGUCCUGUUCAAUUAUCUUACACUAUCGAAGUUCAAUACAAACAGUUCAAGUGGACACUGUUGAAGAAAGCGGCUCAAGUGUUUUAUUUACAUUUUGCAUUGAAGAAACGAUUGUUUUUCGAGGAAAUUCAGGAGAAGCAAGAGCAGGUUAAAGAAUGGCUUCAAAAUCUAGGAAUAGGAGAACAUACGCCCAUGGUGCAUGAUGAUGAUGAUGCUGAUGAUGAGACCGUUCCAUUGCAUCAUGAUGAAAUUGCCAAAAACAGAGAUGUUCCAUCAAGUGCUGCCUUACCAGUUAUUCGUCCAGCAUUGGGAAAGCAGCAUUCGAUGUCAGACGAAGCAAAGGUUGCAAUGCAACAAUAUUUAAAUCACUUUUUAGGGAACAUGGAUAUUGUUAACUCCCGAGAGGUUUGCAAGUUUUUGGAGGUCUCGAAAUUGUCCUUCUUACCAGAAUAUGGCCCUAAGCUGAAAGAAGAAUAUGUUAUGGUGAAGCAUCUACCACAAAUAGUGAAGAAUGAUGAUUCCAGGAAAUGUGCUUGCUGUUGCUUUAGUUGCUGUAAUGACAACUGGCAGAAGGUGUGGGCUGUUUUGAAACCAGGAUUCUUGGCACUUCUGGCUGAUCCUUUUGCUACCAAACCUUUGGAUAUAAUUGUGUUUGAUGUAUUACCUACUUCAGAUGGAAGUGGUGAAGGCCGAGUGUCAUUAGCAGCAGAAAUAAAGGAUAGGAAUCCCUUACGGCACAGUUUUAAGGUCACAUGUGGAAACAGAAGCAUAGACUUGAGAUCUAAAAGUGGUGCCAGAGUUAAAGAUUGGGUUGCUGCAAUUAAUGAUGCUGGACUUAGGCCUCCUGAGGGCUGGUGUCAUCCUCAUCGCUUUGGCUCUUUUGCUCCUCCUAGGGGUUUGUCUGACGAUGGUAGUCAGGCUCAGUGGUUUAUAGAUGGUAGGGCAGCUUUUGAUGCUAUUGCUUCAUCAAUUGAGGAUGCUAAAUCUGAGAUAUUUAUUUGUGGGUGGUGGCUGUGCCCAGAACUUUAUCUAAGGCGUCCUUUUCGUGAUCAUGCCUCUUCUAGACUUGAUUCUUUGCUGGAAAUCAAAGCUAAACAAGGGAUUCAGAUAUAUAUUCUUCUCUAUAAAGAGGUGGCUCUUGCUCUGAAAAUAAAUAGUGUGUAUAGCAAGAGAAAGCUUCUUAGUAUUCAUGAGAAUGUGAGGGUACUGCGGUCUCCUGACCACUUUUCAACAGGUGUUUACCUUUGGUCCCACCAUGAAAAGCUUGUCAUCGUGGAUCACCAGGUUUGCUUUAUUGGAGGACUGGACCUGUGCUUUGGCCGUUAUGACACAUGUGAACACAGAGUGGGCGACUGCCCUCCUCAAGAAUGGCCAGGAAAGGAUUAUUAUAACCCAAGGGAAUCUGAACCAAAUUCAUGGGAAGAUAUGAUGAAAGAUGAACUGGAUCGUGGCAAAUAUCCUCGAAUGCCUUGGCAUGAUGUCCAUUGUGCUCUUUGGGGACCGCCUUGUCGUGAUGUAGCUAGGCACUUUGUCCAGCGUUGGAACUAUGCCAAGAGAAAUAAAGCUCCAUAUGAGGAAGCAAUUCCUCUACUUAUGCCCCAGCAGCACAUGGUUAUCCCACACUAUAGGGGGCAAAACAAAGAGAAGGAAGUUGAAAGAAAAGAUAUUGAAGAUAAUGUAGAAGGCAUUAAAAGGCAGGAUUCGUUUUCCUCUAGUUCAUCUUUACAAGACAUCCCUCUUCUUUUGCCUCAGGAAGCUGAUGGGCCUGAUGGCUCUGGUGUAGGCCCAAAACGAAAUGGGCUGGAGUCUACCCCUGGCAGAAGCCACCCAAAUGCUUUCCGGAAAUCCAAAAUUGAAUCAGUUGUUCCAGACAUGCCAAUGACAAGCUUUGUGGAUGAUCACGAUUCCUUGAAUCUUCAUGUGAAAAUGUCUCCAGAUUUAGCAGCAGAGCCUGGCAGCAAAACUUCUGACUUGGAAUGGUGGGAAUCACAAGAAAGGGUUGAUCAGAUUGGUUCUGUGGAUGAAAGUGGGCAAGUUGGUUCUCGUGUUUCUUGUCAUUGUCAGGUUAUAAGGAGUGUGAGUCAGUGGUCUGCUGGAACAAGCCAAAUUGAAGAGAGCAUUCACUGUGCUUAUUGUUCUCUUAUCGAGAAAGCGGAGAACUUUGUCUACAUCGAGAAUCAAUUUUUCAUAUCAGGUCUUUCAGGAGAUGACAUUAUACAGAAUCGUGUGUUAGAAGCAUUGUAUCGGCGUAUUAUGCGAGCAUUUAAUGAAAAGAAGUGUUUCAGGGUUAUUAUUGUCAUACCACUGCUUCCAGGAUUCCAGGGUGGUGUAGAUGAUGGUGGUGCAGCAUCUGUCAGAGCCAUAAUGCAUUGGCAAUAUCGAACUAUUUGCAGAGGACAAAAUUCAGUAUUGCACAACUUAUAUGAUCUUCUUGGUCCGAAAACUCAAGAUUACAUUUCUUUCUAUGGCCUUAGAGCUUAUGGCCAACUUUUUAAUGGUGGUCCAGUGGUCACCAGUCAGGUGUAUGUCCAUAGUAAAAUAAUGAUAGUUGAUGACCGUGCAACCUUGAUUGGAUCAGCUAAUAUUAAUGACAGGAGUUUGCUUGGGUCACGAGAUUCUGAGAUUGGGGUACUUAUCGAAGACAAGGAAUUUGUGGAUUCAUUAAUGGGAGGGAAGCCCUGGAAGGCUGGAAAAUUUACUCUUAGUCUCCGCCUUUCAUUGUGGUCUGAACACCUUGGUCUUCAUGCCAAAGAGAUCCAUAAAGUGAUUGACCCAGUAAUUGAGUCGACUUACAAAGACAGAUGGAUGUCAACUGCAAAGACAAAUACCAUGAUCUAUCAGGAUGUCUUUUCUUGUGUGCCAAGUGAUCUUAUACACACCAGGUAUGAUACUUCUUCACUCAUCUUUCCCUGCCUAAUGAUCAUAACCAAUUGCUUUCCGCCCCUAAUCGCAUGCAGAGCCGCGCUCAGACAAAGUACUGCGUUCUGGAAGGAUAGGCUUGGCCAUACCACCAUCGAUCUAGGGAUAGCCCCUCAAAAGCUUGAGUCUUACCAAAAUGGAGACAUAAAAAACACUGAUCCGCUGGAGAGAUUAAAGUCGGUGCGGGGGCAUCUUGUUUCUUUCCCUCUGGACUUCAUGUGCAAGGAAGACUUGAGACCUGUGUUCAAUGAGAGCGAGUAUUAUGCAUCCCAAGUUUUUUAUUAGGUUUUAAGAGUAGAGGGUAGUCACCAGUCCCAGUGUUUUUCUCUGCUGGGUUACACGGCGGUGACGAUUCCUGGUAAUGCUGCUGGCCAUUGUUUUAUAGCAUUCAAAUCAUUUCAUUAAAAAAAUCCCCCGUUUUUUUUUUUCUUUUUUUAUUCUUUUUUCGCUCUGGUAGGUUGCAUAUAAAUACGAGAUAGAGAUGGGGAUAAGGAGAGCUCUAUUUGUUGUUCAACCAAAUACAAAAUAUACAAGUACUUAAGCAGCAUGCUCCUCCAGCAUUUUUUUUUUCAUUAAAAAAAAAGUUUAUUAAAUCAUUUGUUCUCGGGUUCUAUUUUCUUUCUCUUGUCGAUUAUGUAAUUGAUAACAAAUACCUCAUUUCAAUAUGUUAAUGUUAUCAACUUGGGUUGGUUUGGUCA